AAACCCUAAUUGAGAAUUUCAGCUAUCGGAAUUCGAAAUCCCACCCACUAUGGAAGACACGUUCAACGUUCGAGUAGGCAAAAUCUUCGGCUCUCUCCCAGUUUCAUCGUCGUCGUCCGGUCAACAGUCGUGUCUGAGCUCGCUAUGGUCCCUAACCGACGAGGAAAUCGAGAGGAGGGAAUGGAACAGAGACAAGGGCAGCCCCGAACCCGAACCCGAACCCCUACCCUUCUACUCAAAAUCAAAUUCAAGGUCGAAGAAUGAUUUCAGUGACGACCUGGAGAAGGACCUUCUAGACCUUGACGACGACGACGUCGAAGACGAAGACGAAGGCGAGGAGGAGCAAGAGGCAUCUGGUUCUCCCAGUCAGCCCGCAACUGAGGAUAAGCCAGACGGCUACAAUGAAGAGGAGUGGGAAAUUAAAUCCUCAAUCGGCAGGGACUGUACUCUCGACUUCGAGGAAGAGGAAGAUGGAUAUGACAAAGUGGCUGUUGGCAAGGAGACCGCCGGAGAUCGCUUGUAUAUGAGGGAUGUCAACGACUAUGGGAUCGAUAUUGAUACUCAAGAGAAGGUUCCUAGUUCCAUUAAGGAUUUCACUAGAGACCCGCGUGCUAAUCACCUGGCAGCUAAGAUUAGGCUCCAACAAGAUGCUGAAGCAGCUCAAAAAAGUGACUCCCUCAGGGUUUCUGGGAACGGCACAUCGUCUUCUAUAGCUGCUGAAAACAUCUCUGAAGAUGCUGCCAACCUAAAGUCGAUUCUGAAGAGGAAGAAUGAUAAUCAGUUAGACUCGUCCAAAACACAAAAACGUGUCCGGUUUGACUCCAACUGCAAAAGUAAUGAAGAUGAAGACGGAGCCAAAGAUGUUCCUGUAGAAACUCAUUCAAAUGAAAAUCCUCCAGUUCCGGAUUAUAUACGAAAUCCUUCAAGAUAUACGCAUUACACGUUUGAUUCAUCAGGUGAUGUGGACGAGGAGUCUAACAAGCAAGCCUACAUGGAAUUCCUUAAUCUGGUGAGGAAGUCAAAUUCUACGGAACCACAGGCAGAGGAUGCUUCUGUUGAUCUUUCAAAACCUGUCACAUUUAUACCAAGAAAGAAAUCAAGUGAUGCUUUAAUGAUAGAAAACGAUGGGGAGUCAGAGAGACCAGGGGGUGCUCGAAGGGAAACUGCGGCUUGCAAAGUGAUGCCACUUGCCAUUGCAGCAGAGGAUAAUGAAGAUGUUUGUGCAAUGGAGGAAGAUGAACCGGAUACAGCAAUGGAUGGAAGAAGCAGUAUACAGAGAACUGGACGCCAAUACCGUACAAAAACCAGUUUGGGAUUGGAUGAGUGAAUAAUAAUUGCUUCAGAGUUAAGUAGACUGCCAUUUAUCGUAUUAUGUAUUUGAUGUAUUUCUCUAACAAAGCUGCUUAUUGGCAGUCUAGUUUGUAACACGUAUAGCGAUUGAAUGGUUACUGGUUUGCAAUUUUUCUUGUCUUA